GCGUGGGACUCACAAAUCGUGGCCGAGGACGUGGAAAGGGAGGACCGCCUCUUCUUCGAGCUCCUGGACGAUGGCGCGCCGCCGGACGUCCGACACCUGGGAAAUCUGGAGCUUCCGGCAUCCAAGUUCUGGCAUGGGACACGCGCGGAACUGCAACUCAGCGACUCCCAGGACAUCAAGCUCCAAGUGGAAAUCACCGCUCACAAGACGGUGGAAGAAGCCAAGAAGGUGGCACAGAAAGCCAACGAGGUCCACAGUUCUGCCCCCAAGCCCAAGUGGUCUCCGACUGCACUUCCUUGGCGACAGCAGAGAGAUCACGACAUCGCAAUCGAUUUGUCUGACACCGAUGAGCGAGUCCUGAGCAUCGAGAGCCCACGUCGUUACACCAUGACCAUCGCCAGCUGGCCUAAAGAUGACGACGAAGGUCCGAUGCCUUCAUCUCCCAGCCAAGGCUAUGCAUACGCCACGGUUGUAAACAACGGACAGCCCUACCUUGCUCAAAAGAUGGUAACGCAUGGCUGGCGAAAUAAGUUUACUUACCUCCUGGCGGCGAUCUUCGCGGAUGCCUUGGAUGUCGAGAUGUAUGAUGAGGUCGCUCAGCUUCUGGCAGAGCGCCAAUUUGGCAAGUUGGCCUUAGCUUUGCGCAGAAAAGGAAAGCUUGACAUCCGCUACUGGGUAUGUGCUUUCUGUGUGAACCAACAUACUGGCAUUUGCGGUACGCCACCACCGACAGACUCUUCCGGCUUCGCUAUAACGCCGUGCUCUUGCGGAACAUCGAAGAAUUUCACCGGAGACCUUAGCGAGAUGAAUAAGUUCGAUGACAUGAUGGCAUAUCUGAAGAAGACCUUGCGUGCGCAAGGCCGUGUUCGUCUGGAGCAGGUGGUGGCCCUGGAGACCGACUUCUCCCUCUUGACCCGGGUCUGGUGUCUGGCCGAGCUGGUGGAGGCAUAUGAAGUCCACCUUCCACAGGCCGUGAAGAUUCACUCUGCCGCAUCGAGGGAUGUUUGCUUGGAGAGAUUGGCAAAACUCGACGUAAGGGACGCUGAAGCAUCCUUUCCGGCAGACAAGGAGCUUGUGCUGAGCAAGAUCGACGACAUGGACGAUUUCAACCUCGGCCUGCAAAAUCUCGUGAUGCAUCGCCUGGAGCAAUUCCUCCAGGAUAACCGAGCAUGCUCUGCUGCAAGCCUCUUCGAUAACAUCGUCGUGGCAGCCCUCACUGUCACCAUGUGA